ACCAAGUCUAUUCGCUUUGAGGCUACGAACCUUAGUGAACAGAUACGAUGCCGACUGACGGGAAAUUGAUCUACUAGCAGGCUUUGCAGAUAUGAUAAGAAAGGUAUUUAACUUUCAUGAUGUAUUAUUGUGCGGUUGAUCGUACCAGCUAUCCGUCGCAUUUGGAGUGCUCAUGACACAACCCCUAACCCUUACACUAUUGUUUCAAUAUCAAUGCUUACCUACCCAAGCUAUUCCGUACUACAAUUUCCAUGCUGUUUGAUAAACAUCUGACCUCUCCUUAAGGUCUGCCAUCAUAAGAGGACUAUACAUCUGACACAAAAUCGAUAUGGCCUCGGACGAAGCUGCUGAGAGGCAAUCACAUCGGCGCCGCCGCGACGACCAUGAUGACCACGAGCGCGACCGCCACCGUAGUCGUAGGCAAAAAACGCGACAUGACGACAGCGACCGCGAAAUAGACAGACGUGGCGGCUCGAGAGAGCGGAAGCGUCACGAUCACCACAGACGCUCCCGGAGUCCAGAAGAUAGGGGCCACAGGAGAAGGUCACGCGACCGCGACUCUAGACGGACAUACGAUGACAAGGAGAGGAGGAGUAGACGCCGGAGGGAUGAUUCAGAUGACGACGACUUCUCGAAUGGGAAGAGAAAGGAUCGAAAGACUAGACGGCGCUCUAGAUCAAGGGGUGACACCGCCCGGUCUUCAAAGCGCGACUCAGACAGGAAGAAAAGGGACGGCUCACGCAGCCGACGGAAGGAGGACGAUGAACAUGCUUUACAACCAGUCCGGCGUGGUGGGCCAUUGCCAUCACAAUCCGACUCAUUCGCGGUGGCUGGUACCGGCGAAGAAGCGGAGCCCGACAAGCCUAAGGAGAAGCCAAACUACGGAGCCACGGGGGUGCUGGCCGCGGCGUCGAACUCGGUGCAGCAGGCCGACGGCACGACUAUCACUCUCAAGUACCACGAGCCACCCGAGGCGCGCAAGCCGCCAGCUCGCGACGAUUGGCGUCUUUUCGUGUUCAAGGGCGACGACCUGGUCGACACGAUCCCGCUCGCGUCGCGCUCGUGCUGGCUCGUGGGGCGCGACGCCGCGGUGGCAGAUCUGCUGGCCGAGCAUCCGAGCGUGAGCAAGCAGCACGCGGUGAUACAGUUUCGGCACGUCGAGAAGCGUAACGAGUUUGGCGAUCGCGUGGGCGGCGUCAAGCCGUACCUUCUCGAUCUGGAGAGCGCCAACGGAACGCACAUAAACGGGGACCAGGUUCCGGAAAGCAGGUAUCUCGAGCUGAGGCACAAGGAUGUGGUCAAGUUUGGGCAGAGUACACGGGAGUAUGUUGUCAUGUUGUCUCCCAAGGAGUGAUUAUAGGUCAUGGAUGAUGUCCCACUGGAGUUGUGCUGGAGACGAAGCUGAGCCGCCCUCCCCCAAGCUGAGCCGAGAAAAGCCGCCUACUGUUCAUACCCGGACGAGUUUGCAGAAUGACGCGUCGUACCAAACAGUGAGGUUACAGGAUCCCGUUCCCUCCCUCGGCUGCCUGUCAGUGUCUGUCACGGAUUGAUGUCAUGGACGGAUGACUCAUAAAAAGUGUAUACGUUUGAUACACUUCUCACAAUCGUAUGGGCCAUGUAUGCUCAUAGCAGGACUAUAUUCCUCUUUUGUGGCCUAGUUGGAUUGCGGAACAGUACUGGAAGACCUACGGCUUUGUGGCGCAGGUGGAUCCUAUGAGACUAUCUAUGCAGGUACCCGAUAAUCGCCUUCUCGCUGUUGAGAAACGCCAUUACCAGCCAGGGGCGCAGGCGGCGUUACAUCGUUAAAUCGAGCUUGGGUAAUAGUGUUCUCGAGCUAUCUCCGACUGGGUAAAAAGAAAAGAAAAAAUCACUCGGAUUGGCGACAAAUGAGUGCAUUCCCAUCUGACACUUGAUACUGACCAAGUUAUUUUUUUCGGGCGAUAUACACGGCUCGAGACUGUGGACUCGAUGCUACCAGACAAGCGUGGUCAGUCACAGGUGCACCUCAAUUGCAGGUCACGAAAGGUUAUGGAAAGCAGAGAAACAGUAAAAGAAGGGGAAAGGCCACCAUAUUUCUGAUAUCAAACGAGAUUCGCAUAUCACUUAGUGAAAUAGGAUCUGUUUGCUUCCCA